GUCUUACUUAACUCUCCCGAUGUAGUGGCAGAUUGACGGAGCGUUAGGAGUGAGAAAUACAGUUCAUGGUUUAUUGUCAUUUCAAACAAGAACAAAGUGUGGACAUGAAAUCACUCACCGGGUAGAAAAGACACUCGAAACUUUUCCUCAGCCAACCGGCAUCAUGAAGCCGCUGCUGCGCCUCAGCGUCUCUGUGUGGGCUCUCCUGGUCUUCAGUGCCCUCCUUAAGGACUCCCGAGCUGCAUGUGCCGAUGGUGAAUGUGACAGCAAUCAAACGAUAAUAAUAACAACAACAACAACAACAGUCGAGUUUCAAUCUAACCCAAACUGCAGCUUAUCCGUUUCAAACAUAUCUGGAAAUGGUUCUUUAGUUGGUCUGACUCCUGGAGCUGUCUAUAAUAUCUCCCUUGAUUGUUUGAACUGCUGCAAAAUGGUCACAACUAAGCCUGAACAAGUCAUCAAUCUUUCUGUCACUGGAAUCAGUACAACCUCUAUAAGUCUCAGCUGGAAUAAACCAACAGGAAACAUCUCCUUCUAUAAAGUAGAGUGGGCUGACGGAGAAAAAGAAAAUGUGAAUGAAACAUCUAAAACCAUUACUGGACUGGCAGCUGGGGAAAACUACACCAUAUCUGUAACUGCAGUGGCAGAUGAUGGUAGAACUGAAGGAGUGACUGAAGAUAUUUCUCAGUACACAAAGCCUGAUGUAGUCAAAAAUCUCAGUGUCAGUGAAAUCACAACAUCCUCUGUGUCUCUGACCUGGACUAAACCUGAAGGAAACAGCACCUUCUAUAGAGUACAGUGGACUGCUGGGACAUACAACUUGGGUGUUACUGUCAGUGAAACAGAAAUGAAUGUCACCUCACUGACUGCUGGAGUGCAGUACACUUUUACCAUCAUUGCAGUGACUGGAGAUAAUAAAACAGUAGGAGAGGCAAAGACAGUUUCACAGUAUACAAAGCCUGAUGUAGUCAGAAAUCUCAGUGUCAGUGAAAUCACAACAUCCUCUGUGUCUCUGACCUGGACUAAACCUGAAGGAAACAGCCCCUUCUAUAGAGUACAGUGGACUGCUGGGACAGACAACUGGGGUGUUACUGUCAAUGAAACAGAAAUGAAUGUCACCUCACUGACUGCUGGAGUGCAGUACACUUUUACCAUCAUUGCAGUGGCUGGAGAUAAUGAAACAGUAGGAGAGGCAAAGACAGUUUCAAAGUAUACAAAACCUGAAGUAGUCAAAAGUCUCAGUGUCAGUGAAAUCACAACAUCCUCUGUGUCUCUGACCUGGACUAAACCUGAAGGAAACAGCACCUACUAUAGAGUACAGUGGACUGCUGGGACAAACAACUUGGGUGUUACUGUCAAUGAAACAAAAAUGAAUGUCACCUCACUGACUGCUGGAGUGCAGUACACUUUUACCAUCACUGCAGUGGCUGGAGAUAAUGAAACAGUAGGAGAGGAAAAGACAGUUUCACAGUAUACAAGUAAGAUGUGCAGUGCAUCACUAUCUGCAUUUAAUAUUAUAUGUUGCCUUGAUAGAUGCAACUUAGUAGUUAUUCUGCAGAUAACCUAACAUACAAUUGUCAACAAUAUUGUUUCCCUAUUUAGUGUUAUGUCAAUUGUAUGUUUUACUGUCAUCUAUUCCUCCUU